AGCAGCUGGUUGCAUUUACUACACUGACCCUGCUGCAGGGGACAACAAAGCUGAUUUGACAUGAUGCUCACUGCACCUGGCGCUGGAAUUAUCAUAUUAUUUGCUUGGCUCUCUCCAAGUUACGCUCUCUAUUUUCACAUUGGAGAGACGGAGAAAAAAUGCUUCAUAGAGGAAAUUCCAGAUGAGACUAUGGUUAUUGGGAAAUACAGGACCCAGCUGUGGGACAAGCAGAUGAGAUCCUUCCUCCAAACCACCCCUGGCCUUGGAGUGCAUGUGGAGAUCAAAGAUCCGGAUACUAAGACGAUUCUGUCUCGUCAGUAUGGGUCAGAUGGACGGUUCACCUUUACUUCCCAUACACCAGGCGAGCACCAGAUCUGCCUGCACUCCAACUCCACCAAGAUGGCCCUUUUUGCUGGUGGCAAACUGAGAGUCCACCUGGAUAUUCAGGUUGGUGAACAUACCAACAACUACCCUGAAAUCGCAGCAAAGGACAAGCUCACAGAGCUGCAAUUGAGAGCUCGACAAUUACUGGACCAAGUAGAACAAAUCCAGAAAGAGCAGAACUAUCAGCAGUAUCGUGAGGAGCGGUUCCGCAUGACGAGUGAGAGCACCAAUCAGCAUGUGCUUUGGUGGUCUAUAGCUCAGACACUUAUCCUCAUCUUCACUGGCAUCUGGCAGCUCAAGCACCUCAAGAGCUUCUUUGAGGCCAAGAAGUUGGUGUAAUGCUCACAGGACAUCACUGAUGGAGUUCAAGACAGGAGUGACAACCAUACAGAGCUGACUGGCAGAGAGACGCUUAAACCCGGGAAGCAAAUGAAUUUAGAACAUCCAGUGUGUUUAUGUGUUGUCCAUUAUUAAUUAUUCUGUGACUUAAAUGAUUGUGAUCAGUAAGCACCUAUGUCCAUUUCCUUGUAUUUUCCCCCAACUUUGUAUUGUUUCAUGUCAACUUGGUUGGACUGCACAUUAGGAGUGGCAAAUGUACCCAAGGUAAUGUUCAAUUCUGUUCCACUUUGUUUUGGAGAUUUGUCAUUCUGUAUACUGUAGGUUUAAACAGGUGGUAGUUUAAACAGUGGGCAGAGUGUUGGGCCAGUACCCGAAAGGUUGCUGGAUCGAAUCCCCGAGCUGACAGUCUGCCCCUUGAGCA